GAGAGAACUCAUCAACUUCUGAAGCAAACCUCGUCGAAGCUUUACAAUCUUCCGAUCUGAUUCACAGUCUCAUUCUAGAUCGUCUCACCACUGAUCUCGAUCCACUGCGAGAAUGGCGUACGUGGACCAUGCGUUCUCGAUAUCAGACGAGGACAUGAUGAUCGAGACCUCAUACACCGUCAAUAACCGACCUCCGGUUAAGGAGAUCGCACUCGCGUUGUCUCUCCUCGUGUUCGGAGCCCUAGGUAUCGUCUCCGGCUUCUUCAUGGCGUAUAAUCGAGUCGGCGGCGAUCGUGGCCACGGGAUAUUUUUCAUCGUACUCGGGUGUCUUCUGUUCAUCCCAGGGUUUUACUACACACGGAUCGCUUAUUAUGCUUACAAAGGGUACCAAGGCUUCUCCUUCUCUAACAUACCCUCUGUUUAAUUAGUACUCCACCCUUUUCUAUCUCUCCUCACACUCGUCAAUGUAUAGAGAUGUUUUUAAGCAAAUGGGCUGACUUGUUUUGCUCUCUACUGUAGUUCUAGAUGAGAGUUUUAAGUGAGUCGAUCAGUAUAUGUAUCCCUCCUUGUUUCCUCCUUCCACUUGUUAAUUAAUUAGGAAAAUUGUUCUUUUAUGCCAUUAGGAUAAGGGAAAAUUUCUUAAAAAUACACGAACUGAAUUACAUUUUCUAAUAAAAUACACUAACUAUU